AUGGCCAACAUUUACCUUCCUGGCCUUCUGUCAGAUAAUAAUGACAACAUUGCUGACCACUAUGGUCCAUUGCAUUCCCUCUUGGGGGAUGCAUUGGACCACAUUGAUAAUGACAAUGACAUGAUGCUUGCUAGCCCUUCCCCAGUCACAGGGAAGAAGUGUGAACUCCCUUCAUCACCCUCUCCUCCUCCCUCCCUUCCAAAAUCAUUCAUCAUGCCAUUGAGAACUCCAGCAUCCACAUCCAAUAACCACUUGGUGUUUGGCAUCCAAAAGCCAUCAAACUGUGGGGGCGCCAGUGGCUCAAAGAAGAAAAAGGCUAAGUCUUGGAUGUGUCACAGCAGGUGGAGCAGACAUCAACACUAUAUUGCCAAGCUCGAAGCCAAAAGCAAGCACAAUCAUGAUGUGAAGAAAUACAACUGGCUUCACACUACCUGGGAGCAUGAAGUCUCCCAAGCCAUGGUCAGCCAUCAGUACCUGCAAGAGGCCAAAGAUACUGAGAUUUGGCUUUGUGAGAUGGAUAUUUGGGUCCACCAAGCACAUUCCCUGGUGCUUGACAAGGAAGCAGAAACUCUCUGCCUCAAGAUCUAG